CACUCACUAUUGCGGCGCGUACUGCUCUGAUGAACUCACUUGAAGUUUCUGUGUUGAAAGCAGGUUUUUGUGUCACCUUGAUCCAAUCUGUUUAACGUCAUCCCUGAAUGGCAGACACACUGCGCUUCACCCGGACACACAGCUGCACCCACCCUUCCAUCCCAGAGAAACAGAGACACAGGGAGACUGUAAAACAGAGGGAUCAGUCUGGGAUCCUUGCCCCCCUCCCUCUUCCUUCCUCGAUUUGGAACUGAAAUCUCAAUCUCUGACUGACGGGCGCACACCAGAUGGGCUGCGGAAAUUCAACAGCCACAACCACCUCUAGUGGGGGUCCAGGUGGAGCUGCGAACGAGGCGACAGAAGAGUCCAUGUCAGAUGAUGAAAAAAAAAGGAAUUACGGCGGUGUAUAUGUGGGGCUGCCAGCUGACCCUGCCACAGUAGCUGCCAGUCAAGCCAAGUCGAGUGGGACAGUCUAGAAGAAAAUACAGAAUAAACAGAAGUACUGAACAUGGAAAGGCCUCGUCCAAUGAGAAUCCUGCUCUCCUGAGUGUUUCGAGUCCACUGGAGAUAUUCCAACUGCGGCGGCACCCCUGCAGUCAGAUCCACCUCCAGCAGGGGGCGCUGAGACAGACAGGACACACACAACUGUAACAAACCAUCAGGGCCCUCUUAGGUAGAUUUAAAAUCGUGAACAUGAUACAGAAACCACAAGCCAUGCGUUCAAGUGCUUUGAUAGUUGAUAGUUUUGAAAAGAAACUGCAGAGUUUAAUUUAAUUCCCAGGAAUAACUCCCGAGAAGCUGAAUUUCUUUGGUGGCAGAAGUUUCCUUGAAGGCAGGAGAAGUAGUGGUAGCUGCAUCAGCAGGAUUGAGAUAAAGUAAAGAAUAUGUAUAUACCAGAAUAUGCCGCUUGUCAAGAGGGGCAAGCUAAGAUGCAGUCACACGUUUUCCUAAGGAACUAAAACAAUCUAUGAGACACCCUGUACAUUUACCUCCUUAGCACAGUGGUGUUUUUCAACAGCAGAACCAUAGGCUGUCAUGUAAAGCAAUUCAGGCAAGGCUUUAAUAUUCACCAGUAAUUACAAUAGUUACUAAACCAUUAGCGUAAAUAGUCAGCAAUGCAUUGAUAAAUGUUGUUAUAAAGAUGUUAGAAAUUAAUAUUAACACUGAUAAUUACUGUAUAACAGACCAAAGCAAUACAUGGUUAUAAGAACAUCGAACUGAGGCAUUUUAAAGGAAACCUUGUCAUUGCUUUAUGACACAAAGCUUUACACUAGUAAUGUGUUCUUCACAUGUUAUUACUUCAUCAAAACAUGUAAUAACAUGCCAAGACGUUUUAGAAAUGGAUUCUUAAACUAACACAUAAUCAAGGUUAUCUAUUCAUUUCAUUUAUUCUAGAGCUGGCUUCAACAGCUGUUGCUGGGGACCUGGGUCGUUACCGUAUUAAUUACUCUUUAAUUCCUAGUGGUUAUUGCUUGGGUAAUAUAAAGCUUGACCACAAUGUCAUUCUAUCUCUGAAUCCACAUUGCUAUGGAGAGAAGCACAUCACAAACAAGCUUGACACAGACUUGAAGUGUCGGGUGAGAGGUAUUGCGGUCUUUGGACCCUGGAUUUACUCACCAAACGCACAGGAAAAAGCCAACUAUUAUCAUUUUGUUUAUUCUCAAGAUGUUACAAGUCGUCGGGUAGUGUUUAAGACAGGACUCGGCAGAUUAAUUUAGAACACUUCUAUUUGGGGGGCGGGGGGAAUGGAGGUUAGGGUCCUUGUGCAAAAAAAUCUUAUUUUAAAAUAGACUUUUAUCCAAAUAGACUUACAUGACAACAAUCCUGCCUAUUAAAUCCAGCACCGCGACAAUUCAUGCCACACUUACUGAGUCGCUUCAUAUUAGACGGGACAAGACAAGUCCAUCAAGGACGUGUUUUUUUUAAAAUAUUGUAAAGAUCAAAGAUGUUGUUUUCUAAGUUUGCUUAAUAUUGUUAUUAGCUUCAUCUGUGAAACGUCCUCAGUGCGAUGAGCUUGGACAUGGGGAGGCAGAGGGCUUUACCUGCAGGAUCUGUAUUACACAUUUAUAAGGCAACAAGGCCUCCUUGGAGGGUAUCAGGGCUAUUAAGAGCCAAAAAUAGAAAUCCUUCCUGCAUCCCACUUAUUGAGAGUAAACAUCUCUUAUUCCAUUAAUACUGAGUACGGAGGCGCCUGUAUUGUACUAGUAUUUGGUGAAUAAAGUGCUCUAUGAAAUAGUUGCUUAGUGUAACAUUAUUGCCUAGCCUAGCACAGAGCUCCUUGCUAAUGCUAAACUAAAUAAAUAUCUAAUCUGACUCAAAAGAACCCUAAAUCGGGGAUAAAAAUAAUUGGAGAUUCUAAAAAAAAAAAAAGAACCCAAAUGAAGCUGCACACAGUUAUUAACUACUGUAACAAACUAACUCACUAAUCAAUAUGAAACAGUCAUGCUUUUCACAUAACUAAAGAUACGAGAUGCAAUGUUGGAAAAUGUGUCACACCAAAUGCAAAACGCUGUACAGUUUUGAGGCCUUUUUUUACCCAGGUAUCGCAUACAAGGCUGAAUUAGAGACUUUGUUCUUCAUGUGAUUCAUAGAAUAUAAGCACAUCUGCCAUGCGGAGUCUGGGAUACUUGUUGAACAAGCAUUUUAUCAGUGAAAGGAAUACUAGACAGUAGUUAAACUGACUGCAGUUUGAGAAAGCAGAGGAAGGCUACGGGCGCUGCAAUGGGAGUAGCUCCUGUAGGAUAGUGGGAUGAAGACUCAAUGUGAGAGCAUCUUUGCUCUCAUGAAUGUAUGAAUGUAUUUUUUUACUGUUUCACACACACCACCAGCAUACCUGGUUGAAGAUGUUCACAUUCAUCCAGUAACCCUGCCAUCACAAGGCCAGAGCUUGUGUUUCACAGCAAGGUAGUGAGAGCAGGACUGCUGCACUGCUGUUUAGCACAUUUCUGUACAACUCUAUUUCUCCCAAGUUCAAGUCCAAGUCUAGAGAUGAGAUUUCAAGAACGCAAUGGGCUCAGUUAAGGGCUGUUUCAGGGGCUGUUUUUCUGAGAGUCUCUUGGAUUAAACAGUGCUUUGAAAAGCAGCUCUAAAAACAGUUGCACGUCAAACUUGCUUUAAAUAAUCAAAAUGGGCUUGUUUUGUCAAUUGGGCCAAAUUGUUCAGAAUGAUUUUCUGUGUUUUAUUCUUUCCUAUUGUUCUGAAUGUGGCAUCCCUCUCCCUGUUUACACAUGUCUUUCUUGUCUGCUGUUGGUAACACUUCAGAUUGAACGUGCCCUAAGCAAGUGGAAGAAGGCCCUGGAAGCAAGAACCAGUCGAUUUUAAAGCUAAAAUAAAAUCAGUGAUUUCAGUGGUAUUGAUUCCCAGUCUUCUUCCUGCACAGCAGCCAGUUCCUCUCUUUAUAAGACCAGCCUGCAUGGGAAAAGAUCUACCCUCUCUAAAGAGUUCCCCCUUCAAGGGGUCAGGACUUCUUUGGAAAGAAGAAGACAUGCAAAAAACGGUCAUGCUGUAACAAAGCCCACACUUAGCAGGGCUUCUUUGGAAAGGGUCAUGCUGUAGCAAAGCUACGUCCUGCCCACACUUAGAGGGCUUCUUUGGAAAGGGCCAUGCUGUAGCAAAGCUACGUCCUGCCCACACUUAGAGGGCUUCUUUGGAAAGGGUCAUGCUGUAGCAAAGCUACGUCCUGCCCACACUUAGAGGGCUUCUUUGGAAAGGGCCAUGCUGUAGCAAAGCUACGUCCUGCCCACACUUAGAGGGCUUCUUUGGAAAGGGUCAUGCUGUAGCAAAGCUACGUCCUGCCCACACUUCGAGGGCUUCUUUGGAAAGGGUCAUGCUGUAGCAAAGCUACGUCCUGCCCACACUUAGAGGGCUUCUUUGGAAAGGGUCAUGCUGUAGCAAAGCUACGUCCUGCCCACACUUAGAGGGCUUCUUUGGAAAGGGCCAUGCUGUAGCAAAGCUACGUCCUGCCCACACUUAGAGGGCUUCUUUGGAAAGGGUCAUGCUGUAGCAAAGCUACGUUCUGCCCACACUUCAAGGGCUUCUUUGGAAAGGGUCAUGCUGUAGCAAAGCUACGUCCUGCCCACACUUAGAGGGCUUCUUUGGAAAGGGUCAUGCUGUAGCAAAGCUACGUCCUGCCCACACUUAGAGGGCUUCUUUGGAAAGGGUCAUGCUGUAGCAAAGCUACGUCCUGCCCACACUUAGCAGGGCUUCUUUGGAAAGGGCCAUGCUGUAGCAAAGCUACGUCCUGCCCACACUUAGAGGGCUUCUUUGGAAAGGGCCAUGCUGUAGCAAAGCUACGUCCUGCCCACACUUAGAGGGCUUCUUUGGAAAGGGCCAUGCUGUAGCAAAGCUACGUCCUGCCCACACUUAGCAGGGCUUCUUUGGAAAGGGCCAUGCUGUAGCAAAGCUACGUCCUGCCCACACUUAGAGGGCUUCUUUGGAAAGGGCCAUGCUGUAGCAAAGCUACGUCCUGCCCACACUUAGAGGGCUUCUUUGGAAAGGGCCAUGCUGUAGCAAAGCUACGUCCUGCCCAUACUUAGAGGGCUUCUUUGGAAAGGGCAAUGCUGUAGCAAAGCUACGUCCUGCCCACACUUAGCAGGGCUUCUUUGGAAAGGGCCAUGCAGUUCUUUAACUGGCCUGGAUUAAGUGAAAUGAAUGGCGGUGCCAUAACCUUUCAUUGAAAUCCUGGCCUGGAUUUGGAUGCACAGUAUGGAUAUAUCUGUCAAGCAUUUCUAAUGUUAGAAUUUUGAAUUAUCCUAAAAAGAUCCAGAAUUCCCUUUUCAUUGGAUUAGUAUAAACUGAGUGUAGUAAAAACAUGGUAAAACAUAGGUAAGCAUUGUAAAGCACAGAGGUGUGGUAAAAAUAAACAAAUAAACAAAAGAUAUAUACUGUACCAUGGUAAAUGACUAAUAAAAUGGGAUAACUGCAAAAUUAGGGUGCAGAUGUACUAUGUAAACUGUUAUAAGGAAAGGCAGAAUAAUCCAGUCUGUUUGUACAUUUCUCUCAGGAGCAGCCCACUCAGUACUUAUCUUAGCUAUUUGCUGGUAAGGACUCUUCAGAUCCAGUACAGCUUUUUCACUGUUCAAUGGUACUGUAGUUCACAUGCGUUAUGAGUGGUAUCACUUCCAUUGAUGUUACAUUUACAAUGUUAAUUGCUCUUCUCUCACAAAGCAUUGAUCGCAAUUUUUAAAUGUCCACCCUGUUAUGUAAAUGUACAGUAUAAAUAAAUAUAUUUCUGAUUAAACACC